AUGUACAAAGCUCAGUGGAGAGAAAAGUUGGCCAAAAAUAAAAAUGGAGACCCACCUAAUGACGAGCAUUUUUCGCUAAUUGAAAUAAUAUAUAGACUACCAAGAACGGAAAUUUUUAAUCCAUGUCAAGAUGCGAGAAAGAUUUAUCCGCACCAAAAUAAGCGAAGGUCAAAGGGGGACCCCCGUCCUAUGAAUUCUUUUAUGAUUUUAACACUUGUAGUGAGAAAAGUGGCCGAUUCUCUGAACGUUGAUUUAGGUGAUGGAAGGUCAUGUAUCAGAAUUUGUCAACUUAUGCGCUGGGGUGCAUCUAAAGAUGAAUGGGGAAUUUAUUUGAGCUUACAAAAGGAAUUUAGGAAAAUCCAUUCUCGUUUUUAUCCGACAUAUGAUUAUCGUAAAAAACCUCAAGUAGCUGAUACCAAAGAAUUUGUUGUUGUUAACUCUGAUGAUUAUAAAGCAGAAUAUUUCUUAACGGAAUCUCGAAAUAAUAAAAAAAUAGCCUCGCCUACUGUGUCUUCUUCAUCUUGGUUAUCAAAUGUAUCAAAUGGGCGGAUGACAACAAAUUUACCGGGAAUGUCCAUGAAUAUUUCCUAUCAAGCAAUUCCUAGCCCUCAGGAUACAUCAUUUUCAACAUACAACGACAAUUUAGACUUUAUUUCUCAGCUUAGCUCACCAGAGAAUUUUUCACCUUGUUUAUCACCUGUGUCUCAAGUUAGCUCUUUUAUCGUCUCCAAUUCGCCGUCAGGUUCUCAUGAAGGUAUCGUUCCCAGCUCGUCAACGGUUGUCGUUCCUCAAGUUAGUCCACGAAACACAAUUAUUUCCAGCUCUCCACCAAUUACACAAAUUAGCGGUCAAGAUAUAAUUCCUAGCUCUCCAUCUGUCACUCAGGUUGACACACAAAAUUAUAUCGUUCCUAGUAUUCCCAGGUUGUCGCUUCCUCAAUCUUUUUACACCUAUCCUACCGACGCUCAUUUUCUCGAACGACAUUAUCAAAAUAUGUCACUUCCCACUAUUGCAGUUAAUUGUCCAACCGACAAUUUGACUCAAGCCAACAAAUUUGACUUUCAAACCAACAAACAAAUUGAUAAGCAUAAUCAAGGAUCUUAA